CGUUGUACGCAUCCGUACUGGUCCAAGGUUAGACCAAGCUUGUUAUGUUACUAUGUGCAGUACUGCUGCUUGCUCUUUGGAGUAUGGAGCCGGAGCUAAUAAAAUAUAGUUGCUGGUUGGCCAAUCCAUCCGUUUCACUGCGUUAACCUGCCUCCAUGACAUAGCUUCCGUUAGCUACAUACCGGCACUCAUACAUGCAAGUUCCACUUGUGCUUGUUGUGACCCGGCAGCAUAACCAACUCAUCGACGGUCCUGUAGCCAUGGUUUAGAGCCUUACACCAAGCCAUGUCUUUGAGCUCCCAUCCCAAAGCCUACGGCACCGCGGCAGUGGCCGUCGCCUUUGUCACCGGUGUCCUCAUAACCCUCGGCUUCAAGGACUUCUACCCGGAUCUGGAAAGACGCUACCAGCAGAGCAAGCGCCGCGUCUCCCGCAGGUCCUCACAUAGGAACAGCCUGGCCUCGGAGGCGAACACCGCGCGCAGGCGGUCCAGCUUCUUCUGGGGCCCCGUCGAGUUGGAAGACCACGAGGAGGGCGACCCCAAGGACUCUCACCAGGCCCAGCAGGACCAGCACCUCUUACCACCCUCGGCGGGCCCCGUCGUGGGUAUCGAGGGGUGCAUAGGCCACACGCCCCUGGUGGAGAUCAAGUCACUGUCAGAUGCCACCGGUCGCACAAUCCUGGCCAAGGCCGAGUUUCUCAAUGGAGCUGGAAAUAGCCCCAAGGAUAGAGUUGCCCUGUCCAUGAUCCAGGCCGGCGAAGAUGCUGGUCUCCUCGUUCCUGGCCGCGGCGACACCAUCUACGAAGGUACUGUGGGGAGUACGGGUAUCUCCAUUGCCGCCUUGGCCCGCGCAAAGGGUUACAAGGCGCAUAUCUGCAUGCCCGACGACCAGGCCAAGGAAAAGUCGGACCUGCUGCACCAUCUCGGGGCCAUCGUCGAACGCGUGCGAGUGGCGCCCAUCACAUCGCCGGAUCACUUCGUGAACCUGGCCCGGCGGAGAGCAAAGGAGCACACGGAGAACCCGGGCAUUGACAGCAAUGGAUUCUUCGCAGACCAGUUCGAGAGCGGCGCGAACUGGCUGGCACAUUACAACACUACGGGCCCGGAAAUCUUCUACCAGACCGGUGGUGAACUAUCCGCCUUUGUAGCCGGCGCUGGCACGGGAGGCACCAUCUCGGGUGUCGCCAAAUAUCUCAAGGAAGAAGCCAAGCUAACUGACCUCAAGAUCGUGCUCGCAGACCCGCAAGGUAGUGGACUAUACAACAAGAUCAAGUAUGGCGUCAUGUACUCGUCGACGGAGAGAGAAGGCACGAGACGGCGCCAGCAGGUCGACACUAUUGUCGAGGGUAUCGGCAUCAACAGAGUUACCAACAACUUCAACGCUGGGCGUGACUACAUCACGGACGCUGUCAAGGUGUCCGAUGAGCAAGCUUGCAAGAUGGCGAGAUGGUUGGUCGAGCAUGAUGGGAUCUUCGUGGGCAGCAGCAGUGCAGUGAACUGCACCGCUGCCGCAGUAGCGGCUAUGAAGUUACCCGAGGGAAGUAGGGUCGUCACCGUGUUGUGCGACUCGGGCGCAAGACACCUAAGCAAGUUCUGGAAGAAGGUUGGCGAGAUGGGGCUCGAGGAUCAAGGAGAGAAGGACGAUUUGUUUGAAUUUUUAGGAAUCAGCGCAGAGCAGGACAAGACCGGUAUUCACGAGCAAUGAGGGCAAAUCGUAGGACCUUGUUGGAAAAUACCCACCAAUAGGGAGGGAUUGAGUGCCAGUUCGGCUGACUUGUUGGGCAUCUGAAUACGCCAUCAUCUAUGCAUGGCUUUCUUGACUUAUUAUACACUGAUCCAUAGCAUGUGUGGCCACGACCACGUCAACGUGCUCGCGGGAACAGUUAGACGAGAGAAAUCAAAG